UUACGCACACGUAUGUUAUGUAGGAAUACCGGAUUUACCGUAUGAAAAUCAUUGGAAGUGCAAAAUGGAUUUCAUGGAAGAGUCGAAAACGACAGCCUUCGAGGACAAUUUUUGGGGGGAAAAGAAUCAAGGUUUCGGAUGUCUCUAUCAUAACAUGAAACAUGGACAGAUAUCUACAAGAGAAUUAGCAGAUUUUAUACGAGAAAGAGCUGUAAUAGAAGAAGGCUACUCCAAGAGUAUCAGUAAAUUAGCCAAGACAGCGAGUAACAGCUCAUGUUUAGGAACGUUCGCCCCCUUCUGGCAACUGAUCAAAUCGGCAACGGAUAAACUAUCGGCUGCCCAUCACAAACUGAUACAGAAACUGCAAGACGUUGUGAAGGAGGUGCAGAAAUAUGGAGAGGAGCAACACAAGAAGCACAAAGCGAUCAAGGGAGAAAUCCAAGGCACUGCCGAUGUUGUACAAAGUUUACAUUCAACGAACGACAUGCUCCACAAGUCUAAAGAACUUUACAACACAAGGUGUAUAGAAUUUGAAAGACUUAAGAAAGAGAACGCCAGCACCAAAGAGCAAGAAAAGGCUGAGGCUAAAUACAAGAAAGCAACGGAAGACUACAAGGCCUAUGUUGAAAAAUAUGCCCAUCUCAGAGGAGAUUUCGAGAAGAAGAUGACCAAGUCUUGUCAGCAAUUACAAUCCAUAGAAGAGGGGCAUUUACAACAGCUCAAAGAGUUCAUCAAGCAGUACAACAUAGCGUUACGAGAAUGUGGCUGUAGCGUCGAGCAGGUACAAGGGGAAUUCAGUCAGCAGUGUGAGGACCUGACAUCAGUCAAACUCAUUGAGAUGUUCUCAGAGACUAAAGGGACAGGAAAAGAAAAACCAGGUCCGAUAGUAUUUGAGGAAUGCGACGUAUCCAACAUUCCUAGUCCAGAUCCAGAUAAUAAAAGCAAGAAACGAAAGACCAAGAAAGAGAAGACGAAGAAAACCAAGAAGGACAAGGAGGAAAAAGAGGGAGAUGUACCCGAUGUGCUGGUCUCCAGCAAGUCCAGCACCUUUGGUGCUGUGUCCCCAACCACCCCUACUGACUCGGCCAUGUCUCCAACCUCCUCGACCUUAUCUCAGCAGAGUAGUAUGCUACCCUGCAGUUCCAUGCCGGAUGUGAGAGUGAGUCCUCAAGUAGACGAGGAGGGAUUCAGCAUCCGACCGCAAGAAGCCUCUACAAAUGAACCACCUGCUCGGGAUAGCUUCUACUCCGAGUCUGACUCGGACUCCGAUAACGAAGAUAAAACCAGGAAGAUUCAUGUGGAGAUUAAGCCGGCCGUCAUCACGGAUGCCAACGGGGGCCAGACAGCUGCCUCCGUCGAUGAAAUCAAGAAAUCUCUGGGUGGCCUGACGCUAUCACCACCAAUCUUGAGGAAGGACAAGUCAAAUGGUGAUCUGAAACGAAGGAAUCAGUCAGCACUUCGAAGCAGCUAUGGGGCCUCGCCCACGCAUUACGCCCGCGUGCUAUCGUCACGGGAGAGCUUUGCGCGCCGGAGCGCACAAUCUAGUGGGAACCUGUUGGAUCUAGAUUUCUUUUCAACGUCACCUCCGACCUCUGACCUGAUGUCACCGACCAACAACACAAGCUCUGCCACCACGCCCAGCUCCACAGAUGCAACUGAUAAGUGGGCGGCCUUAAGGUCCGUAGUCGGUCCGGUCCGUCCUAGAAACACCUCAAAUCCUGGAAAUAUGUCCAGGGGCUGGGCAACAGCUCGUCAAAGAACGAAGUCUGCCGCUGACCUUUUACAGAGUCCAACGACCACCAGCGAUAGCUUACCCCCGGCAUUACCAGUCAAACAGAGACACAGUAUGAUCGUCAGUAGUACUUCAUCCACGCCCACAGGGGGCGCUCCUGCGCCUACGCCCCCUCCUAGGUCUGGCAACCGGCCGUGGAGUGGCGUACAGUCGCCCAUUCCUCGGAGUGAGACACCGAACAUGUUCCGACAAGACAGCUCUUCGUCUUUAACCAACUCAUCUUUCAAUGCCUCUACGGUUAUUGGCAGCUCACGUGGGCCGAGUCCGUUGACGUUGGGCAUGUCGGACACUAUUCCAAUUGCCGCCGCUUUCACAGAGUCGGUUAACGCUUAUUUUAAGGGAACGGACCAAUCCAAGUGUAUGGUGAAGAUCACUGGUGAUCUGAUGCUCUCAUUCCCUGCUGGUAUCAUCCAAGCCUUAACCGGUAACCCGUCCCCGCCUGUACUUAGCUUCAAAAUCAAGAAUUCUGAUCGUCUGGAGCAGGUCUUGCCCAACAAGCAGCUCAUUACCAAUGAUGCAUCCCAGACCACACCCGAUAGUCAAGCCUACACCUUUAACAUGAGUAACCUUGUAGUUCUACUAAAGAGACAAGCAGAGAAGAAUGUAGCUGCAUCUUACUUCAAUGUAGACAUCCUUAAAUAUCAGGUAAAAGUUGAGCCGGAGGGCAGGUCCACCCCGCUCCAUCUGAUCAGUUACUGGAAGUGUGAGCCAACAACGACCGACGUCAGGAUAGACUACGCUUACAACUCAGCAGCCAUCGAGCAAGCCGCACCUCUUAGUAAUGUCACGUUAAUAGUUCCUGUCGAUGGGGGUGUCACGGUCAUGCAGUCCAAACCAGCAGCCACAUGGUCCGCGGAAAGUAAACGAGCAUUGUGGAAAAUCGGCGACAUAUCAGCAAACAGUGAGAGUGGACUCUCCGGAUCCAUCCGCGCCAAGUUUGAGUUGACGGAAGGGCCGAGUAAGCCGGCGACGUUAGCGGUUCAGUUCAGCAGUGACGGGACGACGUUAUCCAAUCUAGACAUUGAGCUACUCACAACAUCCUAUAGGUUAUCACUGGUCAAGAAGAGAUUUGCCACAGGUAAAUACCUGUCGGAGAGCUAACAUCAGAACAUCGUCAUCCUUCACAACUGCCUUGAAACUCUACAUCAAUCUUCAUCGAACCUAAGCUAAGCUUUUAGCUUAUUUCCCCCUUCCUUAAUGAUACAACUAGACUGGUUUCUUUACCCCCUUUGCAAAAAUGGCAACACUCGUAGAAAUCGCCCAAUCAUCCUUACUUUUAGUCAAGGGUGAAGCCCAUACCUGCCAAUUGUCCAGAUCUUUAAGAUUACAGGCCACAAACAAAACAGAACAUUCCUUUGUCUGACAAGAGUCAGCAAUGACUGAAUAAGAUCAUGAAGUUCUGGCAAAAGAGGGUGCCAUUUGCUUGUGACAUUAAAGAUAACGGGAUACAAUGAUAUUAUAUACAUUGUUUUAAAUACAUACAUCAUGUGUACAUGCCAUAAGCUUUACUUGCACGACUUGUUGUGUCUCUAUCUGUGGACCCGUAAAAGUGGUGUUCCCAUUCCUGAGGUUGAGGUUGCAGUGUUGGCAGUUUAAACUGUCAAGCUAUUUGCCCCGAGAAGAUGAGGAUGCCGAUUAAACUGUCAAAUUGUUGCACCACCGGUUCUCUCUAGAACUGGCUGUUUCAAGAACUGGCUGUCUCAAGAACCAGCUGUCUCAAGAACCAGCUGUCUCAAGAACCAGCUGUCUCAAGAACCAGCUGUCUCAAGAACCAGCUGUCUCAAGAACCAGCUGUCUCAAGAACCAGCUGUUUCCAGAACCGGCUCUUUACUGAGCUGGCUCUUACCAGAACCAGAACUUUCCAGAGCUGAAACUUUCCAGAAAUACUGCAGCUCAACAAGAGAGCGAACUGGCUGUUCCAAGAACCGGCUUUCUUUAGAACCCGCUCUCUCCAAAACCGGCUCUCUCCUGAACCGGAAUUUUCCUGAACUACUGCAGGGUCACUGUUCCCGUGGAAGACCACAAACCAACUAUGGACUCUGGCCUGCGACAGUAAUGGAGGACCAACGUGUUCGGAGGGCCAUCAUCGGAUGCUUUGCUUCGACUGAUUAAAAAUGCAGCUUGACAAGAGAGAGGUUUCAUCGCACCUUGUCUCUCCGCAAACUUUUAGUUCUUACAUUGGGAACUGUAAUUAUCAAACCAUUCUUGUUCCAUUCCAGUCUUCAAGUCUGAACAUCGAGACAAUCUUGUCAAACGGAGGGCGGUGAUAACUUUUUAGAAUAUAAAUGACACACUUACUACAAAUUUAUAUCGCCACGCUUUUCUUCAUUUGAAAUCUCAAAGUGUACCACUGUUUGAAUACUGAUCAACUCGAUACGUUUGGCAAAAAAUAAGUAGGAUUUGAAACUUUGCAUGGUGGAAGUAAGAUAUAGAAAAGUUUGCGGUAACACCAUGUAAUAA